CCGCUUCACUGUUGAGACUGUUAUUUCCUAUAGACUUGAAUGCAGCACGAGACCAUGUCAGCUGAUGUCGAACCGAGAAAACUCACGUGAUUCCGGUGAACACGUGACAGAGAAGAUCCUUCUUGGUGUCAUCAUGGCUGCAGCACCGCAACCUGUCUACUGGCUGGGUAAUGACACCCUGAGGGUGUCUGCUGCCCUUUUUGCUGAGAACCGUCGCCGACUGUGCCAAGGGCUGAAAGCCAAAGACGGAGUGGUGUCAAAGUCAGUGGUGGUGCUGCAGGGGGGAGAGCAGAAGCAGAGGUACUGCACCGACACCGACCUCCUCUUCAGGCAGGAGUCUUUCUUCCACUGGGCUUUUGGCGUGACUGAGCCUGACUGCUACGGAGCCAUUGAUGUGGACUCUGGAAAAUCCAUUCUUUUUGUUCCUAAACUGCCUGAAAGCUAUGCUACUUGGAUGGGAGAGAUCUUUUCUAAAGAGCAUUUCAAGGAGAAGUAUGCUGCUGAUGAGGUCCAGUACGCCUGUGACAUUGCUGAUGUCCUGUCCAACCUGAGACCAGCGGUUCUCCUUACAUUGCGAGGACAGAAUACAGAUAGUGGGAGCAUCUGCCGUGAAGCCUCCUUUGAAGGAAUUAGUCGCUUCCAAGUGAACAACACUCUUUUACACCCAGUCAUUGUGGAAUGCCGCCUCAUUAAGACUGAUAUGGAGCUGGAGGUCCUGCGCUACACCAACAGGGUUUCCAGUGAAGCCCACAAAAUGGUCAUGAAGAAUGUGAAACCUGGACAAAAAGAAUAUGAAAUGGAGAGUCUGUUCCAGCACUACUGCUACACCAAAGGAGGGAUGCGCCACACCUCGUACACCUGCAUCUGUGGAACGGGUAAUAAUUCCUCUGUCCUCCACUAUGGCCAUGCUGGAGCUCCCAACGACAAGACGGUUGUAGAUGGAGACAUGUGUCUGUUUGACAUGGGUGGAGAGUAUUACUGCUACUCCUCAGAUAUCACCUGCUCCUUCCCAGCCAACGGCAAGUUCACUGCAGACCAGAGGGCCAUCUACGAGGCCGUGCUCAAAUCCUCCCGCACUGUCAUGGCUGCCAUCAAACCAGGUGUGAAGUGGACUGACAUGCACCGCCUGGCUGACAGGGUUCACCUGGAGGAGCUCGUGAAGAUCGGCAUCCUACACGGCAGCGUGGAGGACAUGCUGAAGGUCCACCUGGGCUCCGUCUUCAUGCCCCACGGCCUUGGACACCUGCUGGGCAUUGACGUGCACGAUGUGGGAGGCUACCCUGAGGGGGUGGACCGUAUUAACGAGCCUGGACUGAGGAGUCUUCGGAUGGGCCGCCUGGUGCAGGAGCGGAUGGUCCUCACCGUGGAGCCUGGCAUUUACUUUAUCAACCACCUGCUGGACCAGGCCCUGGCCAACUCUACUCAGAGCUGCUUCAUCAACAACCAAGUGCUGGCUCGCUUCCGCGGCUUUGGAGGGGUUCGCAUUGAAGAUGACAUCGCAGUGACAGCGGAUGGUAUCGAGCUGCUGACCUGCGUCCCUCGCACAGUGGAGGAGAUUGAGGCUUUCAUGGCCGACUCUGCAAAGCCCUUCAGCCCAGAUGUCAAAAGUGAAAAAUUCUGAAUGUCUGAGCUGUAUCUCUUUAGCUACCACAGAUGUUCUUCACUGAAGCUCAGCUCAUCACUUUGCUCUUAUGUAUCGCUCCUGCAACAAACUCACAGUGAACAGUAUUAUUACAUGAGAAGUUUUAUACGGUAUCUUCAUAAAGCAUUCAUCAUGAUUUAAAAAUCUCAUUCUGAUCAGGGCAACAGUCACUUUAAGGGACAAACUGUAUAUUCAUGCACAAAAUGUUUUUUGCCUCCUGCAAAACCUUAAUUUUUUUCUUUUUUCUUAACAAGAAUUCGUAUUCUUAUAUGUUCCUCUCUUUAAGCAGCUGUUGACAAAAAGCUGUGAAUUUGAAAUAAACCAGCAUUUUAAUUUGCAACAUUG